AGUGACAUUGCCGAAGAAUUGCAUUUUCCGGAAUAGAAUUCUUAACAUUCUAAUAAUUUUCAAGUUCCUGUAUAGUCUGACUUUCGUUUUAUAGAAAGUUUAGAUGAUUGUUGACACAUAGAAGCGCAUUGUCGCUUACAGGACAUCUAUAAAAUGGAACCUCCGCCUGAUUGCUCGUCUCAUUACAUCAAAAAUGAUGAUUAUUUUCCACCAAUUACCCAUUCAUCGUCAUCCAAGCGGAAUGAAAAUGGCAAUGGAAGUACAAACGGGGAUUUCCUUGAUAUAUCGGCGAAAACUGGACAUUUUGGAUUUACAAAAACGGAUGUUUCCCAACCAUCUACAAGAAAAACACUGGACAAAAUAGAAGGAAAUCCCUCUGUUAGGUCAUCAGCCAUCAUAGCAUAUUCAGCAACAAAAAACAAUGCAAUGUUCUCCCAUCUUGCUCCUGAAACAAACUUGAAUCUGGCACCUUCAAACUGGCUCCGAAAAACAGUCGGACUUCGACCAGAGACUGUGUUGCCAGGUGGCAGAUAUUCAAGUAAUCCAAAUCGUUCGUUCAGUGGAUUCAGUAUGGCGAGUGGCCACCUUGAUAGUGUCGGCAAAGUAGAUGUUGUGUCAGAUGCAGAGAAUAUCAAGAAAUUGCUGAAGAUGCCUUAUAACAAGGCCCAUGUAAGCAUGGCAAUACACAGGAUUGGUAGAACGUUGUUAUUAGAAAACUUUGAUAUAAAAAGAUUCACUGCUGAGGAAUCAGAAUGGGAAUGGUUUCGUAAUUUUUAUCAAGAAUUAGUUCAACAGCAACAAGGAAGCAAUACUUUGUUUAAGAAAAAAAGUCCGUCCUCUCAAUAUGAAAGACUGAUGCUGUCGAAAUUUCUUUACUAUAGCAUUUACAAAGAUUCUUUGAAUAAAAUUGAAGACAAAACGCAAGAAAAUGAAGAGUUUUCUCCAACUGAGAAAGAUUUUAGUGAUAAUAAAGAGACCAAAGAAAGCAAUGUGAAACUGAUUGAAAUCGAUGAAGAGUGUUUGGCGUCGCUGGGGAGUGAAGAAGAAAAAAUCAAAGAACUCUCGUCUUCAUUAUCCAGUUGUAAUUCAUCAACAUCAGAUGAUAAAGCGGAACAAAAUGAUGAAGAAAGCAAACGGAACAGUGCAAUUGUUACUUCAGACAGAAGAUGGAGAUACUGGACACCACAUGAAUCUUUCCCAACACCGGAUGCAACAGAAGCAUUUGAACGCAACAUAUCAUGGACGUUUGAGGAUUUACAAAUGUUACUAGGAACAAACAUGCCCAUAUUUGGUGGCGGAAAGUAUCCUGCUGUCAGUUUGAGACUCAGGGAUUCUAAUAAGCCAAUCAACAUAUUGACAGGAAUAGAUUAUUGGUUGGAUAAUUUGAUUUGUAAUGUUCCUGAACUUGUUAUGUGUUUCCAUGUCAACGGCAUCGUUCAAAAUUAUGAAGUCAUAAAAACUGAAGAUAUUCCUAAGCUGGAUCAUUCAAGCUUCAGUCCACAAGUAGUGAAGGACAUUGCACAGAAUAUUUUAUCGUUUUUAAAAUCCAAUUGCACGAAGGAAGGCCACACUUAUUGGCUUUUCAAGGGCAGUGGAGAUGAUGUCGUCAAGCUUUAUGAUCUAACAACGCUAUGUGAUACGAACACUUCCGAUAUUGGAACAAACAGAAGAACAGAACAGAAUUUACAGAAGAAUCCUUAUAUAUUUUCUGUUGCAAUGUUGUUGUAUAGGACUGCUAUUAGUCUUAUGCAGAGCCGCGAUACUUGUGAUCAUCGUAUAACAGUCAAAAAACUUCUUAUUCAAUGCAUCGACCUUCUUGACCGAACCAAGUACCAGUAUAUCGUCAGCAGUGCAAUAUGUAUGUUAUCAACUCUGUUUCUUCCUGAUCCUAAUCUUGAUAGACCAGCCAAGGAAGGAACUACAACUAAAGAACAAGAUUCCAGCCCGAGUCCAGGAUCUGUGGAUUGGAAAGGUUGUGAUACUUGCACUGCUCAUCAUGAUACCGAUCUUGCCAACUCAAGAAAGAACAGUGAAGGCCCAAGAAAUGCAGAAGUUGCUUCAAUACCGAGUGUCACUGAUCUAUCGAUACCAGAAAGAUAUCAACCUAUCUCUGCUUCAUUUGAUCUGAUCAAAUCUCCAAGCAGAAACCGACGACAGACCAAUGAUGAACAGAAUGGCCAGGUUGAGGAAAGCUGUAACACUGUAUUGUCCUAUGUUGUUUCUGGAUUGGAAGUUCUGGUGCCUUGUUAUAGGCUUGAAUGGCAACAGAGUCUUCUAUGUCAAUUGAUAAGGAAUGCAGCACUUGCAUAUUUUCGAUUAGCAGAACAGGCAAGUAAUCUAGGAAAAUUUGGAAGAGCGUUGAGAAGAUCAAAGCUCGCUUUGCAAAGUUAUGAAACGUUUGACUACUUGUCUGGUGACAUUUGGAAUCCAAAUAAUAACACAGAACGUCGACCUCCAGAUUUUCACUUGUUAUUACCCAGAAUGUUAUCACUGUGCGGAGAAAUUCAAUUCUCAUUAGUGGAAGAUAUAAAAUCUCAUGGAGCAGUUAGUUUAUCUCACAUUGAAGAACUGAAUUCAUUGACGGAAAAUGAUGAAAAAAUAAGAAGUGGUUUGAGCAGAGUUCUGCCUACAGAAGGAAAAUAUUCUAUGAUGACACAAAUGUCCAGUGAAAUUGAUCAAGCGUUACUCAACUGUUCCCGAUGUUAUGAAACUGCACUUAAUGUCAUGAGAGAAUUUGGUCCGAUAAAUAAAGAUGGAACAAUGAGAGAUUCCGCCAAGAAUUCUUCAAGAUCAGCCAAAGACGGCCGAGGAAAAGGAAAGGGGAAAUCAAAACGAACCAAUGAACCUCUGCCACAACCAUCAACAACGCCAAAUUCGACGCCACCCACUCAAAAUCCCACGAAUCCAACGCAAAAACAAGCGGAAUUAAUAUGGGCGCUCAGAACCGUUCUCACUCGACGUCACGGCCACUGUGUCAAUGAACUUGGAGCCAGUGCAUUGAACCGGGCAGUCUCGAUGAUUAGUAGUAGUGAACCAUCUGCAGGUGAUAAUGAUACUUCUAAUAAAAAGAUCUGGGAUUGUUGGAACGAAGCAAAAGCUCAUUUUGAAGCUGCGCAUUUGUCUUUUGCACAAGUGAAUGAUAUCAUCAAUGAGGCGCUUGUUCUAUCCAACAUGGGGCGUCUCAUGCGCGUGUCUGCGCAAUUUUACUCUAAUAAUGAACAAGGACAAUUGUCAAAGCAAGAACGGCAGUGCUUUUUUUCUGCCAUCGAAAAGUAUGGAAAGGCUCUUUCUAUACUUGGUCCCAAAGACUCAAAACAUGCAUCCUGUCCUAUUCGAUCAGACACCGGAGUUUCAACAUGUACUGCUGUGUAUGACAAUAUAUCUUGGGAAUUGAGCAGUUCUUAUUUCAACAUGGCGCAGAUAUUGCAAGAAAAUGCACCUGAAGAUCAACAAGCAAGUGAAGAAGCAGAAAAAGAAAUUAUAUCAUGGAUGAACAACUCAUUGAAAUACUGCAAAUAUAUUUGGGAGAAAACUCCGAAACAGUCUGUCGCGCUGUACAGGCAAUCCAAAAUACAUUAUAGAUUGGCAUCUUUGCAUCAUAAUUCAUACAGAAAUUGUACCGACGCUCACAGAUGUAAACAACUACGAAAUCUGGCUGAGAAGAAUUACAAUAAGUCUAUUGCAAUAUUAGAAGCAUUGGAUGAACAUCCGUAUGAAAUGCUGAGAGUGCAACUUGAAAGAAUGGCAUUGAAGGAACAUCAGAUUACUUCUCUGAACAGCGUAAAUCAGAAGUUGAAGUUGUUGUUUGAAGGACUGCAUGUCGUGCUUGAAUGUGAGAAACCUCUUCGACGUGUUGAAAAAUCUACAAAGGUUGCAACAAAAGAUUCUCUUUCAUCACAAGUGGACAGUAGAGAGCAGCUUAACAAUUCAGAAAUUGAUCCUUCAAAUAUCAGUGAAAUGCUUGGCUUACUUGGUAUCCUGGCAACAAUUCUUCGGUCUUUUUUACUUUUAAUUGUCAGAUUUAUGAAAAUAACAGGAUAUGAACACGAGACUUCAUUUGUCAGAAGAAGACAAUCACCUGGGAAAUUAAGUCAACAGAAUUUCAAAGAACUUUACAGCAGAACCUUGCGUUCAUUGCAACAGAUAAACGUUCCAGAAGAAGAAGACUCGAGUAUUGAUGGAAGCCAUCUUGUUUUGCAGGAAAAUGUUUCUACUGUGUUAAAUGUUUUGAAAGAUAUUUCAGAAGUGUUAGGAAAAUAGUUUGAUCAUUUUUUUUAAGGUGGGGGAUGUAUGAUGAAAGAGGUACUUGUGAAGUAUGCGUGCGUACCAAGAUGACGGACUCUGGACUGUAGUAUGUGUACCAAGUUGAUUCCAAUUUUCCUUAUUUUAGUUCUAUUACGAGUUCAGGGACUAGCCAAGUGACUCCUGUAGUAUUUGUACCUCAAAUUAUGGUCUAAGCCUAACCUUGGUUCGCAUACUUCAGGAGCACCAAGAAAGCUACAUUUAAAAUGAGAAAUUUGGCCACUAUUAUUUUUACAAACGGGUUAUCAAUUAAAUCACGGGACUGACAGUAUCGCUCUUUCUUGUUUUGUAGUUCCAAUCAUAUCUUUCACUAAAUUCGAAUUAGGUUACUUCUAUGGUUGGAAUAGGCAAUUUCUGAACUGCCAACAAGAAUCAGCCAGCACUGCUCUUCCUAUUUAGAAAUUUUAGUCGUUUAAUCGGAGCUAGUUGUUCCAACUUCGAGACGGAAUUGUGCAAUUUCUACAAUAUUUUAUUAAAUGAAUUCAAUUUUAGUUUUUUUGAUCUGUGGUUAAUGAUCUCAAAUGUCACCCAUUUAAUCAGCCGAAUGGAAUUUCUUUCCAAUAUUUCGUUGCGUGUUGUUCGAGCAUUUAUCGUGUCUGUAUUAUAUCAAUAAAUUAUCUAAUUCUUUGUAA